UCCUUAGGCAGAACUUGAAAUAAUACCAAUAUAAAAGGAGUUCAGUUCAUUUUAGAAAUUAUUUUAUGAUCAACUCUCGCCGUGUUAACACGUCUUAUGUCCUGCUAAGAGCAUUUUCUGAAAUUUUCCGAACAGAAAGGCUAAGUCUGCGGGUAUUUUAAUUGAACUUAGGUGUUUUUUUUUAAAUGCAAAUAUAACAAAAAGUUUGCCAGAUAAGUUGUUUUUACAAUGAAAAGGGGACAGAUUCUUGCAAAUAUGGCAAGAAAAUUGCCAAAAAAAGACACAGAGAUAUUAAAAUCCAAUUCAACAGAGACAACCUCUGAAAGUUUAGUGACAGAUCAGCAAAUGCGAGUUACGGACUGUGAUUUAACCCCACUUUCCUUUGAAGUUAACACAUCACGUGUUCGUUCUGAGUCGCAACAACGCAAGGUUUCUGAUGAAUUUACAAGUCAAAACGAGUCUGAAGAAGACGUCUUUCAUGAAACGGAUUUUUUAGACUCAGAUUUUGCACCUUCAAGUGAAAAUUCUGAGCUGAAUGCCACCACUGAAAGCAUACAAAUUAUGGCAAAUGUAUUAGAAGCGAACAUCAAUAAUUUUGACUCACCUGGUUUGAAUGAGGCCGAGCUUUUUUCUACUCCUAAUAAAUCACCAAAACAAACUAAAAAGCCAGGUAGAAAUUCAAACAAGGAAUACAAAAAGUCUAGAAAAAACUGCAGUGAUUACACAAAUAUACAAGUUCUGGGGGAAUGUAGAAUGAAACGCAAAACAAAAAUUAACUUCGAAGAACAAACCAUCAUCUUUAAAAGUUAUUGGAAUAGGGACUAUAACUCACGUCGGCAAAUACUAUCAAUCCUAAUUGACGUUCAGCACAAAAAAACUGCCACCUUAGAUAACCCGAACAAAAGAGAGUAAGUUUUUAUUUACCAUUUCGAAACUAAUUCCGAAAAAAAAGUUUGCAAGAAAUGUUUCCUUCAAUUGUAUGGCGAAACAGAACCGGAAUACGGCGGAGUCCCUCCUAAUGACCGCCGGGGAUGGAGUGCUCCAAGCAACAAGCUUACGGUUGAGAAGCAUAACGAAGUUUUGAACUUUAUAAACUCUAUACCAAAAUAUGAAAGCCAUUACAGUCGGCGUCAUACUACCAAGAUCUAUUUCCAACGAGGACUUAAUCAGGCAUCACUCUAUAGAUUGUAUAAAGAAAAUAUUUCUAAUCCGGUGUCAGAAUCAAAAUUUCAGGAAAUAUUUAAAACUUUAGACAUUAAAUUUAAAAAACCCCAGCUUGAUUUAUGUACCCAAUGCGAAACAUUGAAAGAAAAAAUUAAAAACACUGAGAAUAUGGUGGAAAAAGCUGAGAUUACUUUACAAUUAAAAAACCACCAUGAUGCUGCUGAUUUCGCAUAUGACUGUAAGAAAAGGGAAAAAGAACUCUCCCGUCAAGAUAAGUCUGUGAAAAUGUUUUCUUUCGACCUGCAGCAGUGUCUGCCAACGCCUUAUUUGAAAGCUUCAAUGUUUUUUUAUAAACGUCCCUUGUGGACCUUCAACUUAACUAUUCAUGAUGGUGCCACCAACAAGGCCAACUGCUACAUUUGGCAUGAAGCUAUUGCGAAGCGCGGAGCUAAUGACAUCGGCUCUUGCAUUUAUAAGUGCCUCGCAAGCUUAUCUAAUGACGUAAAGCAUGUCAUUUUAUAUAGUGAUUCAUGCACUGGUCGAAAUCGCAACUCGUAUAUUUGUGCUAUGUUUGCAAAGGUGUUGGAAGAUCAUCCCACAAUUGAAACAAUUGAUCACAAGUUUCUGGUUGUUGGUCAUACCCAUCUAGAAUGUGAUACAGUUCACGCACAGAUAGAAAAGAAAAAGAAAUACACUUCUGUUUCUAUUCAACAUCCCCAUGACUGGUCAAAUUUAAUUGCUGCUACAAACAAAAAGUAUAUUACUCAGGAGAUGAAGCAAGAAGAAUUCUACAAUUUCAAUGCAUUGAUGAAAGGCAAAUAUACCUGGAGAAACAAUAACACCGAAGGUGAAAAGUUUGAGUGGAAGUUUGUAAGGUGGUUGCGGUAUGUGAAAAAGGAGCCUGGACUGAUACGCUACAAAUAUUCUCUUGGCUUGGGCGAUCCAUUUAAAGAAUUAAACAUAAAAGCACGGCGUAAAAGAGAUCAAAACUAUGAGCUUGCAAAAUCUUAUACGGGUCCUCUCCCUAUUUCUGCAAACAAAAAACGCGAUUUGCUAGAUAUGUUGCCGUUGGUCAACCCAGAGCUGCACAGUUUUUACCGAAAUCUUAAAGUUGAAGGAGAAUCCGUGGUUGAAAUAGAUACAGAUUUGGAUGAAAUUGAAGUAAAUCUCUAAAAAUUUAAUUAAUAAAAUUCAAAAAUAUAUAUUUGUUUGUGUUCAUAUAUGCAUCUGUAUUGA